AUGGAUACCGAUAUUAAAAAACUAGAUUCUUCGAAACCACCGGGCCUCAAGGUUGAACGAGACAGUGAUCUUAUUGGGAUGUUAUCUAAGCAAUUAUAUUUGGCCGGUGAUCAGUUGCAGAGGAUGAAAAUCGUGUUGAAAAAAACUGAGGAUAGAUUGAAAUCAAAAGAUCAAGAAUUUAAUCGUCUUAAGCGAAAAUUGAAGGAUUGGGAGAGUAAAGAAAAAAGUCAAGAAAGCAAUCUAAAAAAAGAAAGCAAGCAUCGGAAAACACAAUUCGAACGAUCUGAUUACAUUUAUAAGAGGUGUCUGAAAUUAGAAAAGAAAAUUGAUGAAAUAGAGAAGUUUCUUUCCAACUACGGAUUAAUUUGGGUUGGAGAAAAGAAAAGCGCGUCAAAAAAUUUUAGUCAAAUAACACCUGACUACCUAGAUAAAAUAAUUUUGAAUAUUGAAGACUUGAACAUGUCAGUUGGCAAAGGUGAGAUGUUUAUAUGCCGUAAUUCCGGAGGAGCCUCUUUUAAGUUAAGGCCUUAUGACGACCCCUCGUCUCAAGCAUUUCUUAAAGAUAUAUUUGACGGCUUUUUUCCUUCAGAACUUCAGUGCGAUUAUCCCAACGGCGUUCCCUUUAAGGUCGAAGACUACCGAACAAAACACUAUCUUGGUAGUGGAGCAAAUUAUCCUGGGAGUGGUCAUCAGUUAGGGAACAUAUCCACUGCUAGUAGCAAAAUUUAUUCAAUUAAUUCUUCGGUGGAAGAAAAACAUUCAGUAUCUGCAAAAUCGUCGGAUUUAAAACAUCCUUAUAAUUUAUCGAUUAAGUCUCCAAGAUUUUCUUCGCGAACAAAAUUGUCAAAUCCAAGCCUAUUUAAUCUUCAAAUUCCGAUUUCAAUCACUCAGAGAAAUAAUUCAGAAAAAAACACUCCAUCGAAUAAUAACGUAGAAAUAACAUCGGGGAAUAUAAAAAAUAAUACAGCAAAUUUAUCCUCAAGAAUAAAAAUAUCUAAUUAUACUCAGGAUGUAUCAAAACGAUCAUCUCAUUCGAGUAAACAUAAAUUUGAGUUAUCAGAUAGAUCAUCCUUGGAUUUAUCAGCCCGGAGCAAUUUUGGGAUUCGCCCGAGAUCAGUGAGUUUCUCAAGGGAUAGUUUUCGUUUUUCACACAGUUCAAUGCCGUCAUCCACUGGAGGUAAUUCUAGUUCUUCGAGAAGUUGUAAAGACAUUAAUGGAAGCAAUUAUAGUAAACUCCGGACAUCAAAAUCGACGACAAUGACGACCCAUAACUAUGAAAUGCCGUUAGUUCAGGAAAUAAAUGAAUCAACCAAAGAUUCAGGAGAAUUGAGAUUGAAAAUCAGAUCUUUGAAUGGUAGAAUAGUUUACCUUGCGUACGUUUUUGCUGAUGACUCAGUAAACUAUCUUUACCACUUGUUGGACAGAGCGAUGUCAAGAAAACGAAAGCGUACUCCGAGUUAUAAAAUUGUUAUCAGUGGAUUUACAUCAAGAAGACUUGAUCAUAUGGACAUCUCCUUAAAGAAUUACGGAAUAGAUAAAGAUACUGUACUUCAUCUGGUUAAUGACUGA